UGAAAUUGUUUAAAAAGAAGAUUAACAAAUUGCACAAUUAUCUAGUAAUUAACCACCCUAUUUAAGACCUAAUUAACUUGUGUUCUUCAUUUUCUUGCCAAAUAAUUAAAAAAAAAAAAAAAAAAUGGCAAAGAAAAUAUCACUAAACCUUCACUCAAUUUCUUCCAUAAUCCUAUUAUCCAUUAUUCCUUUAACAAUCCCAACUCUUUUUCUUCUCCACACUUACUCCCCAACCUCCAUCUGCACACCCCUCUCCUCCCACCGCCGCCCCUGGUCCGGCGACCUCCGCGCCGCCGAUUUCCCAUGGAACCGCCUCGACUUCACCGCCCACACCCCCCCACCAAUCUCCCUCAGAAUCGCCGUCUUCUCCCGGAAAUGGCCCACCACCACCGCCCCCGGCGGCAUGGAGCGCCACGCCCAAACCCUACACAAAGCCCUAGCCCGCCGCGGCCACCGCGUCCACAUCUUCACCUCCCCAACCGACGAGACCAAAUCUCCGCCUCCGCCGCCGAUGUCGCCGAUCCUCCACUGGCACGACGGCGAUCCGAACGUGUGGCAGCACAACAAGGCGUACGCCCAAUUCGUGGCCGAAAACCGGUCCGAUCCGUUCGACGUGGUCCACACGGAGAGCGUCUCCCUCCACCACUCCCUGGCGGCGCGCCUCCCGAACCUCGCCGUGUCGUGGCACGGAAUCGCCUUCGAGAGCGUCCAAUCCAGCAUCUACCAAGACCUAGCCCGAAACCCUAGCGAGCCGAUGUCGAACGACUUCAACCGCAGCAUCCACGUGGCGAUCCCGAAGGUUCUAGAAGAAAUCCGGUUCUUCGCCAAGUACGCCCACCACGUGGCCAUAAGCAACAGCUGCGGCGUCAUCGUCAACGGCGUCGACGAAGACGAAUUCACCCACGAUCCGAAACUAGGUCAACAAUUCCGAUCCAAAGUCGGAGUCCCGGGAAACGCGACGCUAGUUCUCGGCACGGCGGGUCGAUUAGUGAGGGACAAAGGGCACCCGUUGCUCUACGAGGCCUUCGCGAAGCUGAAAACGAACAACCCGAAUAUCUACUUGAUCGUAGCCGGGUCGGGCCCGUGGCAAAGCCGGUAUAAAAAACUCGGCCCACAAGUAAUCGUUCUCGGUUCGAUGGAUCCGGCGCAGUUACGGGGCUUUUACAAUUCGAUCGACGUUUUUGUGAACCCGACUCUCCGGCCGCAAGGGCUGGAUCUUACUAUGAUGGAAGGUAUGAUGUGCGGGACACCGUUUAUGGCGUCGAGGUUUCCGAGUAUAAAAGGGACUAUUAUGGUCGACGAUGAGUUCGGGUUUAUGUUUUCGCCUAAUGUUGAGUCUCUGUACGAGGCGUUGGAAUUGGUGGCGGCGGAAGGGGCGGAGAGGCUGGUGGAGAGAGGGGCGGCGGGGCGGGUUUACGCGGAGACGAUGUUUAAUGCGAGGAAGAUGGCGUUGGCUUAUGAGAGAUUGUUUCUUUGUAUCAAGAAUGAAUCUUUUUGUAUGUAUCCUGUAUGAAUCUGAUUAGAUUCAUCAGAAUUUUUGACAUUUUCAACUGUUCAACCAACCUAGAGUUAGUUACACUUAGAAUCUUACAUUUAUGAAAUUCAAUAACCAAGAAAUGUAAGACAAGUUAUUGCAGUCUGAUUUCCCUGUAGAAUUUGCUAAUCUUUUUGUUCAUGUUGAUAUAGUUUUUAAAUGUGCUCAAUACUUAGCUCAACUUCGUGCAAAACAACGACUUUUAUCGGAUGUUUCUUCACGAAUAUUGUAACUCGAAAAAUAAAAUAAAAAUGGAAGAAACUAGUAUAGAAUUGCAAGUGCUUAAA